CUUUCCUCGUCCCCAGGGCCACGAUGGGACGCUGCCGGUGCUUGAGGGCCGCCGCCGGGCUGCAUUCAUGAUGACGUCGCCGGUGUGCUCGCCGGCCCCCGCGGGAGCAGCCAUGGCGCCGGGCGGGAGCCAGGGCCGGGACCAGAGCCGGGACCAGGGCCGGGGCCAGGAGGCGCCGGCCCCGCGGAGGUCGGCCAGGUGGCGGGGGCUCGCGGUGGCCGCCCUGCUCCUGGCGUGUUGCUGCCUCCCGGCCGCCGAGGGCAGGACAGACAGUGUAAAUAGUGCAACAACAAGUGCCUCGUCGUGCAGAGACUGCGACAGCAGCCCGCACCAGCUCACCAGUGCCAUCUCCCUGGAGCUCGCGCCGGGAGAAAGUCCCUCUUCUAGUCAGAAAAGAAGAAGUGAGGGGCAAGAGGACGUCGUCGUGGGCCACGUCAGCCCGAACAGGUCUUCCCCACACAGCCACGUGGUCAACGUGCGGCUGGCCGGGCUGGCCAGGAGCCUGCGCAGCGCGGAGCAGCGUAGUCGGUGCAGCGACAACGAGGCUGCGGUCAGCGAGGGCUGCGUUCGCCCGAGGACAUUCUCUAAACUGUUCGGGAAGAACUCCUUUCUGACAGGCUUCGGUCUGGGCUUCCUCGCCUUUGGACUCAAGAAAUUACUGCUGCCCUUCUUCAUUGGCGCGCAGAUCGUCAAGUCCAUCCUCAUCGCCAUGUUCUUGCCGUCCAUUCUUGGAUCGGUGGGCAAACUAGUCGGCAAGGGUGUUACAACCUUUGCAUCCUCAUCUGCUCAAAACGGCGGCUUCUCGGGCAGUUCGGGCGCCCUCGGGGGCGGUGGAGGAGGUGGUGACAACAUGGAGGACUUUGAUUUUAAGGAUAACGGCGCGGCAGGCCAGUACCCGGACGCUGCAUCGUCCGGCUCCGAGAACAUGCCGUCGUACGCGACGCUGGCGGCGCCCCCCAGCGGCUUCAACGCCCUCCAGACGCUGCAGCGGCCGGGCUCCACUGACGACGGCCAGCCCCUGGGCACGCUGCCCGCCAUGUUCCAGGCGGCGGCCAGCGCGGCCUCCAACGUCCUCGCCAACAGGUACCAGCCCAAGACAAGCUACGCCCACAAGCACCAGUACACGUCGCCCUCGGUGCUGGACGGCGGUGGCUCCUUCUACAACCGUCACAAGCCGCACGACUACAAGACCUUCCAGAACAUCCCGUCCAGCUCCAUGCUGCUCACGCACUACGACCCCUUCUACUCGCCGCUCCUCUCGCGCCUGGACUCGGUGUUCCACCAGCUGGGCUACUCGUCCGAGGCGUGCCGCGAGCGCCUCGUCUGCGCCAUGUACCGCAACCCGGCCAAGUUCGCCCCCUUCUCGAACCUCGUGUCGGCUCAGUUGUCCAGAGAGCUAAACGAACUACGAAAGCCUUCGUCGGAUAACCCGGAGAUCCUUCGCUUCUUCCGCUACAUGAAGGCCGCCAAGGACGGGCAGGACAACCAGGAUUGCACGCUGGUGUACGCCCAGUGCACGCAGUCGGACGCGACGCAGGCCAGCCCCAUGGCUCACACCUUCCAGGACAUCAACAAGCUGGUGCAGGCCCGCCGCAUGUCUCGCAUGCUGGCGACAGACCAGCGGAAGGCGCCCGAAUCACCGCAGCGUCAAUCUGACGUCAGAAAAGAAACAGCUUCUGCCCCGAUGCACCCCGCAGCGCCCGCGGCCUGAUGGUCGUGAUCGUUGACAGAUGCGGACUUAGGCUCCUCCCCCAAAAGGGAGUGAGUGCUUCUGACAGUUCGACUCUCUGUCUUUUUAUUUAUGAUUUCAAACAAUGGACGCAAAAUGUGCUGUUUUUUUCUACGAACGAAAAGUGAAUGUGAGUGAGACUGUUUUUUCGCGGGAGACUGAACGAGAGCCAUACUGUAGGGAUGUCAUCUCGACCCAAAUGCAAAAUGAAGGGGAAGGGACGGUUUUUCUCUCUUGUACCUCUUGGAUUUCUUAUCAUGUGUGCCAGACACCCACGAGAAUCCGAAUCGACGUCGAAUCGACGGAGAAUCGAUCAAGUGUAGGUCGAAGUGACGUUGGGGCGACGCCGGUUCGCCUGUUGGGGCGUAAAGUUAAUCAAAAUGAUCUUUGAAUUGCCAUGUUGAAUUUUUUCGUUGUAAAUAUGGACGAUGUUUACUUCCAGGGUAGUAGAUAAUUGUGCAUUGUAUAAAUAUUGCAGAACUCUGUCAGCUAUUUUUUGUGAUGGCAGACUAGUAGAAUAAGGUGAAGUGAUUUAUCAUUAAUAUUUGCUCAAUUUCAAGCAAGGAAAAAGCUCAGGGCAAUACUAUUAAUGGGUGGAUUUGGUGAAAGGACUAACGAAUAUUUGUGUACACGAUAGUAAUGUGAUCAGGCACUUCCUGAAAACUUAACAGUUUACUUAAAGCACACAAUGAAGCGUGUACUUGCAGAUAUUUCAAAGGAGUGUGUGCACAUGCCAUGGUGCCACACAAAGGAGCAUGUUGUUACAUAAAGUUAAGUACAUACGUGUAUACUCGGGCUAUUACUCACUGUACCAUGUGCGUUAUCAAGUGCCCUCUUGCGAGUGGCUAAGUAUACUAUUUGGCUUGCAGUGUUGUUAGCCGGUGACGACUAGCUAUUGGGUACAAUUAAACAUGGUGUGAUUCCAACACGGGGUCUUUUUAGAUAGUUAAGAUCUUUGAUCUCCUGCGCUUUUGUUAAAAAUUGUGACAGCAUAAUUUUUCUUCGUUUUUGGACUUACUCUCAUAGUUUUGAUCUAUAGUUUUGCGUUCGUGUUCUCUAGAAAAGAAUAUAAUAACCUAAAUUUUGUCGACGUUUAGUAUUGACAGUUCUUCUGAACGCUUGCUGUAGGGAAAACUUUAGUUUGGGAUGUGAGGUCACAAUGGUAAACAUAUGGAAUUAGCAGUAGCUCUAAGUUGCAUCUCAUCAAGUGGGAUUAAGAGUUGACAAAAUGCUAGCGCGAUUUUCACGCCAAGCGUAAUUUUUACGCCAGGCAUCACGAAAGCUAUCCUCUUAUUGGCUGCUUGAAGCUUACUGAGCGUGAAAAUAACGCAAGCGUUUUGUUAAAUCUGUAUCCACCUUCACUAGUGCUCCUCUAUUUAUUUAUCUAUUUAUUUAUUUAUUUACAUUUCUUUGUUUACUUAUUUAUUCGACUUAUUUAUUUAUCUAUUUAUUUAUUUGCGUAUUUUUCUGUCGUGGUUUUUUUUCCUUUGGGCUGUACAAAGCGCCGUACAAGGAUUAAAAAAUGUUUGAAGGAG